GGCGGGCUGGGAGCGGAAGGGGUGGGCGAAUCCGGAAGCGGAACGGGUAAAGGCGGAAGUGAGGGCCGGGGCCUGCGAGACUCACCUGCGGCGGGGGGAGCGGCGCUCCGGGCGUUGCAACCUGCCUCCAGGUGGAUCCCAGCGCAGAGCCUGCAGCAUCCUUACCUCUUGGCACUCCUGCACUUAGGCCACGAUGGCAGGUCGAGGUGGAGCUGCUCGACCGAAUGGACCAGCUGCUGGAAACAAAAUCUGCCAGUUUAAACUUGUUCUCUUGGGAGAAUCGGCAGUGGGGAAGUCCAGCCUCGUCCUGCGCUUCGUGAAGGGGCAGUUCCACGAGUACCAGGAGAGCACGAUUGGAGCUGCCUUCCUAACACAGACAGUCUGUCUGGAUGACACAACGGUGAAGUUUGAAAUAUGGGAUACAGCGGGACAGGAGCGGUAUCACAGCCUGGCACCAAUGUAUUACCGAGGGGCCCAGGCAGCCAUUGUUGUCUACGACAUCACUAACACAGACACAUUUGUACGAGCCAAGAACUGGGUGAAAGAGUUGCAGAGGCAGGCUAGCCCCAAUAUUGUAAUUGCACUAGCGGGAAACAAGGCAGACCUUGCUACCAAGAGAGCUGUGGACUUCCAGGAUGCACAAACAUAUGCAGAUGACAACAGCUUGCUGUUCAUGGAGACGUCGGCAAAGACAGCGAUGAAUGUGAAUGAAAUCUUCAUGGCAAUAGCCAAGAAACUGCCAAAAAAUGAACCCCAGAACGCUCCUGGUGGCCCAGGUAGGAAUCGGGUGGUUGACCUUCAGGAGAGCAGUCAGCCGAGCAGGAGCCAGUGCUGCAGCAAUUGAGCACCCGUUCCCGCCUGACGGAGCCCUCGAAUGACGUGACUGGAAUCCACGCUAACAAUCGCACUUACCGUAGAGCGGCUGCUGCCGGUGGCUGCUGUGAUUUCUCCAUCCCUUUCUGAUCAUAGGCUGGAGGGAGUUCUUCCACCUGCACCUUUCUGUACAAAUACUAAUUCAAUUCUAAGUCUUAAGUCACUUUUUUAAUAUAUGAACUUCUGCUCUUCCCUCUUCCUGGUGGUGGUGGAUGCGCGACCUGGUGUCUGCCCAGCCAGCCCAUCCCUUCCCACGGGUGAGGCCAGCAGCACCCAGGUCCCACGUACUGUAGUUCACUAUUGGAAACAAAGGGAUAUUGAGACUAGACGACCUGGGUUUAAAAUUACCCGUCUGUAAAAGCUAAGGCUAAUCCCAGUACGAUAUGCCUAGAACAACCACUAAACUGUAGCAUUAUAGUGACAAACUCUGGCUUUUCAGCCACUUUAUUGACCAAAUCACUUACGAGUAUUCUGGGGUGGGGCAGAGGGAAGCAAAACUGGUUUCUUCUGUAUUUUGUAUUGUAUGUUUCUUCAUGUAACCAAUCAGUAUCUUGUCAAUAUAGUACAUACAACUAGC